GUCUCUUCCGCCUCUGAGAGCUGCUUUGCAAGGGAGAGCUUGGCAUCAUCAGGAGAGAAGCAAUCGCUUCCUGGUUGGGAGCCCACAGGUAUCCUAGGAUUCUGCUUCUUGCUUCCAGAGGUCUAUAGAUCCCUUUGCUGCUCUCUGUAUGGAGAAUUCCCUACUUCAUGCUUCCUCUCCUGUUUCCCUCACUCUCCAAAGUCUGGAGGAAUCCCGGGCCCGACUCCUGCGUCCCAUUUCUCCUUCUGCCUCAUGGGUAACCAAGUUGAACUCAUCCGGCACCCAGAGCCAGCCUGUGCCAGGUCACCAGGGCACAGCUGGUGCUUUGAGUUUCCAGAAUGUCAAACAUUCUGGCUGGGUCUCCAAACCAGCCCAGGGACUGGAGGAAUCUAGAGCUCACCUGUUGCGUCCAAUUGCCAUCACUGCUGCCAAACUGCCCCCCUUGGAGUCUUCAGGAUUGCAAUUCCGUUUCCAACUGGAUCCUCCAGACAAUCUUGUUGUCCAGACUUGCCCAGGGUUGCUGCCAGGUUAUGAAGCUCAGGAGAACAUUCUCAAAUCAAGCAGAGAGCUGGAGCAGUUGCAGUGUCAGAAGGAGGGCACGAUGCCGGAGUAUGUUCUGACAAUACCAGAAGACAAGUUGAAGGUGCCGCAGGAAGAGAGUGACCUCUCAGGAGAUGAAUUGCCAUUGGAGAGUGAAGAACAGAGUGUGAAAGAACAAAAACUGAUGCUUUUGAGCAUGGUCUGCUGCUCACUGGUAGAAGGACCAAAGUUUGGGAAUCCUCCUGGAGAGCUGCAGCAGACACUGACGCAAGUUUGCAAAAGUCUUGCAGAACACGAACCUGAAUUCAUCCUCAAGGUUGCCCUAUACACUCGCCGAGAGCUGAAUAUCCGGAGCACAGCCAAUUUUCUUCUGGCGCUGUCUUCCCACAUUCUGCUCUGUCGCCCUCACCUCCGCCGCUAUUUCUGCCAUGCUGUGCAGCUCCCCUCUGACUGGAUGGAGGUAGCCAGGAUAUACCAGAGCCUUGCAGGAGGAGGAGAAACCCUGGCUCCCAUGCCUUCCUGCUUGCGUGCUUCAAUGGCAGAUAAAUUCCGCCAGUUUGAUGCAUACCAACUGGCCAAAUAUAAUACCCAGAAAAGCAGAGGGAAAAAACGUUGUCGGCGAAAGACCAAGAAGCAAAGACCAGAAGAUUCUCGUAAGAAUGAACAGAAAAAAUCCUCUGGGACCACAAAUAUAUCAAAUGCAGAAGCUCUCCAAAAAAUUUUACAAGAGCACAUGUAUUCAAAAAAGGAGCGUCCAGCACCCCCCAAACAACUCUUCUCUCUGAAGGCUUUGAUCCAACGGCUUCACAUCUCUGAGCCAGCUCAGCAUGUGAUGAGUCUCCUGGGACGGAGGUACCCUUCAGAUUUACAUGCCUUCUCGCGUAGUCGCCUCCCAGGGCCCUGGGACUCGCAUCUUGCUGGCACUCGCAUGAAACUGCCGAAACCAAACACCUGGGAUCGAGAACUGAGCCAGCGUGGGAACUAUGCCAUGGUCUGGGAAGACCUGAUUGGUGACGGGAAGCUACCCUUUAUGGCCAUGCUGAGAAACCUCCGCAACAUUCUGAGGUCUGGAGUGAGCGAGAGAUGCCAUAAACGCCUGCUGAAGCGCCUGGAGGACAAAGAAUCUGUGAUCCGCAGCAAACAGCUCCCAUUUCGCUUCCUUGCAGCCUACAAGGUCCUUUGGGGGCUAGAGAAAGACCUCAGAGAAAAAGAUACACCCUUCCCAACAGUGGGUAAGAUCAUCCAACAGAUCCUGAAUCAAUUUGGCCUACGUUUACCUGGGAAACCCAUUAGAACUUGGACUGGUCAAGAUUUGCGUCAAUGCAUGCAGAUCCCAAUGAUUGCCAACUUGGUGAUGUUGAAGAAGAAAAAACUACGCAAGGCCAGAUGUGUGUAUUACAGCCAAGACAUCCUGGAGCGUUACCGCCAGGCUCUAGAGACUGCAAUCCACAUUUCUGUCCGGCAUAAUUUGCCCCCAAUUCCUGGCCGCACCCUUAUUUUGAUUUCAUGUGCCCAGGAGAUGUACAGCACAUACAUGAGAGCCAAGGAACUCUGCUGCCCAGGUGGUGCCCAUGAGUACAGGACCAGCGAAUCCCCGACGAAACUGGAGGUGGCCAUGUUGUUAGGCUCCAUGGUGUACUCAGCUGCCGAGGAAGCCCAGCUCCUUCUCUGUGACCAGUACAAAGUCUUGGAGCCUGUUGCUAUGACAGGCUCUGUGCUGAAGGACGUGCAAACCCUAAAAAGUCUGGGGAUACGUUGCUUGGAUGAGAGGAAACGCACAGCCAGUGACAUUGUCAUGGACCUCCUCAUCCAGCGGCAGCAUGUGGACACGAUCCUGUUGCUCAGCAAUCACCCCGAGAGUCUUCAUGGCUCAUGCCUCUGGCUCUAUCGCGACCGAGUGUCUCCAGGCUGCCUCUUUGUGAAUGUUUGCGCCCAAGCAGUGGGAUUAAGGACAUUCGGUUGCCGAAAUGAGGUGGUGAUGGGUGGAUUCAGUGAACAGGUACUCAGAUUCAUGGCGGAAUGUGGUGACUCUCGACUCCUAGAGCAUGUUGGGAAGGUUGAUGAGAUCCAUGGCCUACCCAAGCAGUGGGACAUCAUGGUGGCUAAGAAGGAAACAGGGGUUGUGUCUUUGAUACCUGCCCCCAAGACCAGGUGGUGCUCAGUGAGAAUUUUUGUCUCCUCCACCUUUCGGGAUAUGCAUGGAGAACGCGACCUGCUGAUCCGCUCUGUCUUCCCUGAGCUACGGGCACGGGCAGCCCAGUUCUGCCUGGCAAUUGAAGAUAUUGACCUGCGCUGGGGGAUCACUGAACACGAGAGCCAGCGGAACAGGCAGCUGGAACUUUGCUUGUCUGAAGUCUCUCAGAGUCAGCUCUUCAUUGGCCUUCUCGGUGAACGGUAUGGUCACAUCCCUAGGCAGUAUUCCUUACCAGACGAACCCCAAUAUGAAUGGGUGAAAUCCUAUCCAGCAGGCCGCUCCAUCACUGAGUUGGAGGCUCUCCAAUUUCUGACUGGUGGUAAGGAUCCCACUGCAGGAUCCAGGGCAUUCUUCUACAUGCGAGAGCCAGACUUCCUUGGCUCUGUGCCAGAAGCCUGGAAAGUAGAUUUUUUGGCAGAGUCAGAGACAGCUAAGAGCCGGGUGGCAGACCUAAAGGACCGACUUGAGAAGCAUGAAGGCCUGGCUUCCCUCAGCAAGUACGUCUGCCAGUGGGGUGGAGUAGCCCAAGGACGGCCUUUUGUCAAGGGCCUGGAGGAAUUUGGAACCAAGGUCUUGCAGGAUGUUUGGGAAUGCCUCUUGCACCAGUUUAUACAGAGAGAUGACCUAACCCUUGAUGAUUACUUGGAAGAGGAGGAGGAGGACCAAAAUAUUUUGCAAGAAUCUUUCCAGGAGUUGCAGCAGAAGAGAUUUUGUGCCCGUGCAAAGCUCCUUCAGAUGACAACUGCCCAGCUGCAUGGGGGCAAGCUCUACAUUGUGAAUGGUGAACCAGGCCAAGGGAAGACUGUCUUCUUGGCUGCCCUUGCUCAAGAGCUGAGAACGAAGACCCUGACCCAAGGAGAAGGGCUUACUCCCAGUUACAAUAUUGUGGCCCAUUUCACAAGAGCCCGGCCUGAUCAGGCUGAAGUCCAUGUUGUGCUGGGCCGCCUGUGUGGUUUACUGAGGAGAUAUCUGAAAGAGUCCCCAGCCCUAGCCAGAAGCUACAGAGGUCUGGUUGGCCAGUUUGAAUGCCUCCUCCACUCUGUGGCCCAGUUGCUGAAACGAGGCCAGUCUCUAGUGAUUUUGAUAGAUGGUGCUGACCUUAUCCAUGCAGCCAGUGGACAGUUGGUUUCUGACUGGCUGCCUGAGCAGUUGCCUCAGCGGGUCAUCUUUGUUCUCAGUGUCUCUGAGGAAUCAACUCUUCUUGGGUCCCUCAAACGAAGGACGGAUGCAGUCCCCAUCUCCCUGGGACCUCUGGACCCCCAUGACAGAGCUGCUGUGGUCCGCAAAGACCUGGCCUUGUAUGGGAAAAAGUUGGAGGAGUCUGCUUUCAAUAAUCAGAUGCGGCUUGUGCUCCUGAAACGUGGCUCCCGACAGCCUUUGUACUUGACUCUGCUGACCCAGGACCUGCGGCUCUUUGCCCUGUAUGAGAAGCUUUCGGAGAGGAUCCAGAAGCUGCCAGUCUCUCUUCCUCUCUUGCUUCAGCAUCUGUUGGGGUGCCUGGAGGAAGACCAUGGGUCAGAGCAGGUUGCUGUUGCCCUUGUAUCUCUCUGGGCCAGCAGGGAUGGACUAACAAAGCAAGAUCUGUACGGCAUUCUUGCUACUUGGAAAGAGCUGAACGUAGCUGGUGUAACCUUUGAAGAAGCCAUAGUGGCUGGAAGACAAGCUGGAAGCUAUCCUGUAGGCCCCUUUCUUGACUUUCUGAGGAGCCUGAGAGGCCUUCUUGGGGCUUGCGGUUCACCCUCAGAGUCUUCAGAUUCUCGUCUGCAUCUCUAUGAUACACCCUUGAAGACUGCAGUAGAACGACGCUACCUGAAAAAGCCAGGCCUGGACCGCACAGCUCAUGUGCUUUUGGCAGCUCACUGGUGGAAGCUAGCAGAUCCAGAUGGUACCAGGACCUUCCAGAACUGCGAGGCAGAGCCUUUGAGAGCACUUCCCUAUCAUUUGGUCCAAAGUGGCCUCUUCAACAUCCUGGCUUCUUUCCUGACUGACCUGAGGGUUGUAAGUGCUCAUGUCCGUCUGGGUCUUCUCCAUCGCCUCUCUGAAGCCUACGCACUCUAUGAGACCACUGCUGGCUCAGAGCGUGAUGAGACCGUUGACUUCUUUCAUGCCUUCCUGCAAAGAAACAUUGGGCUGCUUUCUCAGAAUCCUCUGCUGCUUCUGCAGCAGGCAGCUAAUGAACCGGAUUCCUCAGACCUCUGUUCUCAAGCCCAGACUGCUCUCAGUAGCAAUAAAAGGCCGUUCCUGAAAUGGAUGAACAAGCCUGAAAAAUCGCAAAAGACCAACAGCCUCACUCAGACCCUACCUGCCACUCCUUCCUGUAUCUCAAUUUCUCCCUCUGGAAAGCUGGCUGCUGUGGGCACCACUGAGGGAAAUGUGCACCUCUUGGAUGUGGAAACAGGACAGGAACUGAAGUCCUUGCUGAGUACCUGUGAUGGAGUCUCAGCCUGUGCAUUUCUGUCAGAGACAACUGUUUGCCUUGGGGCCUUCAGUGGACGCUUGGAGCUUUGGAGCCUGAGGGAAGGAUGCAGGCUGAUGGGCAAGGAUGCUCACAAGAACCAGGUCACAGACUGCUGCAUUAGUCCAGAUCGUAGACUUCUAGCUACUGUGUCACUGGAUGGCUAUCUCAAGCUCUGGGACACUAUUCAGAGUCAUCAGACGCACCAACGGGACUCUCUGUGUCCUCUGAACUGUGUGACCUUUCACCCAAAGGGUCAGCUUGUGGCUACAGGAGGCUGGGACAAAACCGUCACCAUCUUGGAUGCCAGUGACAUGCGUGUGAUCUCGGUGAUGAAAGGACAUGAUGCCUCCAUCCAUUCUAUUUCCUUCUCUUCUGCUGGAAACAUUUUGGCAGUUGGGUCCCUGGCUGGAUCCAUCCAUCUCUGGUCGUGGCAGGAGUCUGUGACCAUUGGCACCUUUUUGGCUCACUCAGGAUCUGUCUCCAGUGCUCUGUUCCUCUCAGGAGGAAAACUUCUCACCACAGGAGAAGACUGCAAGGUCCAGCUUUGGGCAGGCCACUUGGGAAAGUUCUGUGGUACUUUAGGAUCAACAUCUCUCUCUCCGGCGCUGUGUGUUGUACCUAGUCUUGAUGGCUUUCAGUUGGCAGUGGGGCACCAUUCAGAUGAUGUCUGGAUCUACAGAUACCCUUGGGAUGCCAGCAUUGGCGCAACUCACUGCCAAGCUGGUGGUGUGGCUAUCUGCAGCCUGGCAUGGCUGGACAGUCUAUUCUUGAUUGGGGGCAGGAACGAUGGAUCCUUAUGCAUCUGGAAUACCUCACAAGUUCGUCCCUCAUGCCUUAAACUACGGGGCCAUGAGAAACCUGUGACAGGGCUGGCUGUUUUCAAGAAGCUGGUGGCCUCGACAUCAGAGGAUUUCACUGUCUGCCUCUGGCUCUCAGAGGCCCUGAAACCAGCCCCUGGUGCUACAGACACCAGUAUCUCUCCACUUGCUGUCCUUCGGGGUCACACGUCUGGGGUGACUUGCUGUGCCUUCAGCCUUGAUGGCUGCUACCUUGCCACUGGAGGGAAAGACCGGGCUUUGUUUAUCUGGGAUGUAAAGGAGUCAGCCCAGAAGACGGCCACUCUCUGGCGCUCUUUGCCUUUCUGCCACCAGGACUGGAUCUCCAGUUGUGCUUGGGCCGGUGCCAUGUUGCUCUCUGGCUCCAACGAUGGUACCGUUUGCCUUUGGGACCCCAAAACCAGCCAGCGCCUCCAGGAAUUUCUGGGACACCAAAGCCCAGUCAGUGGUGUUACAAGUGAGAAGGAUCACGUUAUCUCCAUGGGCAGGGAUGGGCUGCUGGUGGCGUGGGACCUGCAGGGAGUGGAGAAAACCCGAUUUGUGGCUCACCCUGGUCGGGCCAACCACUGUGCAGGCUUCAGCAAUCCACGGGAGAAAGAAUUCACAUUGGCAGCAGCUGGCUAUGACGGUACAGUGAAACUCUGGAAACCCCUGAUGAUGGAGCAACCCCAGGUCCUUUCUGGACAUUGUGGUGCUGUCUGUAAUUCUGCUGCCUCUCCAACAUCUUUCCUGACAAUAUCCAAAGACAACACAGUCCGUAUUUGGGGUCUUUCCAAGAAAGAAGACACAGGAGAGUUUCCUCCACACUCUGGUGCCAUCACAGCUUUGGCCUGGUCCCCAGAUGGAGAGUUUGCUGCAUCUGGCGGGGAACGUGGAGACCUGAUUGUCUGGCAACGGGCCCGGGCUUCAGGGAGAGAAAAGGUUGGCUCCUGCUUCAUCAGUGCCUUGGCCUUCACUUCCUCAAACACAAUCAUUGUGGCGGCUGAUAGGAUCAGCCUGUGGGAACUAAAUCCCAGUGGACAGAAAGAUGGAGCAGUCAGGCUGAUAGUCAGGAAGCAGCUGCGCCAAGCUGGGGAGACUUCGGUCCUCUGUAUGGGAAUGCCAAGACCUCAUGGCUCCUUAGUCCUAGGACUGGCUAAUGAUGGCCUAAUGGUGCUGCAACCGGGAACUGAAACAAGAAGUAAAAGAAGUAAAAGAAGAAGGGGGCAUCUGACCAAAGGUGAAGUGCAGGAUGAGAAAGUACGCUUGAGCUUUGAUAUCUCUGCUUCGGAGGAGGAGGGCAUCCUUCAUAUCUGGGACUCCAUGGACCGGCCUAACUUGUUAAAGAUGAAAGUGACCGGGUCUGGAGAGCUGGAGGAUGCCCAGGAGCCUGAGCACAUACCUUGGACACCUGACAAAAACUCUAGCUGGGUCACUGUUGCUCGCCUGGUUAAAGAUAAGUUUCUGUUUUAUGCAGACUCAGAAGGCUCUCUCUGGACUCAGACCCAACAGAAUGAGGAGGGGGAGUCUAGAUGGAAGGCUGAUGGCUGGCGGAGGAGAAAGAUCCACAGUGCCAAAAUCACAGCUCUGCAUAUUCUUGGAGACAAGAUUGUGACAGGAUCACAUGACCGCGAUGUGAAGAUUUGGGAAGGCAACACAAUGAAGCUGCUGGGCCAGUUCCGUUGCCAUGCUCCGGUUUCACACCUCCAGCCUUGUCCCCGGAUGGACUCCCCAUUGCUCCUCAUGGCAGGGGACACACUGGGGAACAUUUACUUCCUGGAGUGGAACUGUCUCCGUGGUUGAGAAGCUAUCAUCCAGCGGGAGCUUCAGCUCCUCCAAUUUCAUGCAAAGCCUCCAAUUGCUCUUCUCUGUCUUACGGGAGAUGGGACUUCCCAUGGGGCCUAUGGUUGCCUAGUGGCAGUGAGCUCUGCAGCCUAGGUUGAGCCAAACUGUUAUGGAUGAAAAAUAAAAGCUUACAUGAAAAUA